AUGUCUCACCAAUUCAAAACCGGCGAGGAUGGCACCGUCUGCCUCCCAGGCUUCGGCCUCCCCCUGACGUACCAUCCUGCGGGUGCCUUCCACACCCUCAUUGGCGUUCAUGACCGGGACUGGACCGCCAAUACUCUUACCAUCCGUGAGGUGUGCAUGCUCAGGCUGAUGGAAGACAUCACCAACAAGCCCGAUUGGUGGCGAAAGGUCAAUGAUCCCGAGAUCGUCGCCAAGUGGAAAAAGGAAGCUGUCGAGAUGCCCUGGUCUGAAUAUGUCGAAUUUGGAUCCUUCAACGAAGACAUGGCAGAUGCUUGUAUCAAGGAACUCUGCAGAAAGGCAGACAUCUACGAAAAGACAGGUCUGAUCCCUGUCAUGGACUACAGUGCGUGUGCCAUUAAGUCGGACAAGCUCGUCCCAGAUGACCUUCGGGAGGCCCUCAAGUCUGCUGUGGCGCCUCUAGAGAAUGUCCCCGCCGACCAUCUGGAUUGGCACCCGGGCAGCGACGGCAAGGUCCUCGAUCUCGUCCACCCAUCGCUUUGGCCUCUCCUGUACGGCCGGACCUUGAUCCUCCCGGAUCGGCGAAUUACCGUUAAGAACUGUCUUGAGCACUGCGGCAUGGGUACUGUGGUCCCUGAACCGCUCAAGGCCCCAGAACCUGCCCGUACCGCUUGGUCGAGGAACACGCCGAUCGACGCCCUAUCCUCGCGUUUCCAGUGGCUUCCCUGCGACGUGGAUCUGACGGGCGAGCAUCCUCGGAUCGAAAGCUACAUCAACAACUUGCACCCCGUGCAACAUGCAGAGCUCUAUCCCAUCAUUGAAAAGUUCAUUGAAAAGGCCCUACCCGCCUGGGAUAUCGUUCUCCGAUGGCCUGACGAGUUUGAGGUUGAGCGCUUUAUCGUAAAGAGCGUUGGCACCGACUGCGCGGUUGAGGACAUCUGCGAUGGAAAUGAGUGCCGCCCAUAUAACCGGCCUGUCAACGAGGACGAAGAUCCCAGAGACGAAGACGAGCCCUGGGAGGAUGGAUACGAAGGUUCUGAGCGUGAGCGGCUUGAUAAGGCGUGGUUCGAGGAAACACACAGCACGUUCCAGCCGGAUGUCAAGGGAGACAUUGACAGCCUGAUCCAGCUCAAGGCCAGUGACAUCAAGACGUCUGGUUUCUUUGACAACGCAACCCGGGUCCAGGUGAUUGUCAAGCUGGCCAACAUCCAUCUUACGCCAGAGAAGCCCACCUACGAUGGCGGAUCCUGGCAUAUUGAAGGCCAGCUCAACGAACACAUUUGCGCAACGGCUCUCUACUACUAUGACUGCGACAAUAUCACCGAGUGCCGCCUAGACUUCCGGACGGCUGCCAACCGGGAGGAGCUGGCGUCAGACCUCGGGUAUGAGCAGGGCGACCAUGACUCCAUCGACCGCACAUUUGCCAUCAAGAGUAAUGGGGAUACGCUUCAAGACAUUGGCAGCGUUGUGACGCGGGCGGACCGCAUGCUCUUCUUCCCCAACGUCUACCAGCACCAUGUCAGCCCCUUUGAGCUAGCUGACAAGACGCGACCGGGCCACCGCAAGAUCCUGGCGCUGUUCCUGGUCGACCCAGCCAUACCUAUCCCGUCGACUGCAAACGUGCCUCCGCAACAGCUGCACUGGUGGGCCAAGAGCGCGCUGCCCGCGGACCGGGUGGGAAAACUGCCUCCGGAGGUGACGGCAAUGGUAAUCAAGAACAUGGACUUCCCUAUCAGCGAGAAGGAUGCCAAGACUCUGCGGGAGGAGCUGAUGGCUGAGCGGACGGUGCUUCAGGAGACUGCGAAUGAUAACCUCAAGCUUGUCGAGUGGAGUUUCUGCGAGCAUUAG